GUGGUUUAUAUGCGAGAAGCACAUAUGCUGCUGUAACUAGCUUGCUAGCAGGUGCAGCUGAUUCUGCUUUAGUUCACGCGAGCUCCUCUGUUAGCUGCUUAGCCGCGACGUUCAGGUUUCACGUGAGGAGGGUUUGGAAUGCUAACUAAGAAGCUAGCACAGUCUGUGACCCAGUACAGUUACCUGUGGAGAUUAGCAGUCAGUAGAUGUGGAGUCCGAUCCGAAGCCUCCUCUGUGUUGUUGUACUUUCUCUGACUCGCACGUCAUGACAUGUCAGUUUGUCCAAAAGUCCUAAACUGACAGAUCACUGACAUGUCUGCUACAGACAGAAUGUGUGGAGUACUUGUAUGGAUGCAACCUUAAUCAGGAGACAGUGUUUUGAUUCCCUCUGUCCAUUUGUUGAACCAGAGAGGCUCUGCGUCUGGUCGUGGAAGCAGCCACGCCUGGGGUGUCUGUUCUCAGCCUCUGUGAGAAGGGGGACGCAUACAUCAUGGCUGAGACCGGAAAGGUCUUCAAGAAGGAGAAGGAUAUGAAGAAAGGCAUUGCCUUUCCCACCAGCGUCUCAGUCAAUAACUGUGUUUGCCACUUCUCUCCCCUGAAGAGUGACUCUGACUACACACUUAAAGAUGGGGAUCUGGUCAAAAUAGAUCUCGGGGUUCACGUUGAUGGCUUCAUUGCCAAUGUAGCUCACAGCUUUGUUGUGGGAGCCAGUAAGGAAAACCCCAUCACAGGACGUAAAGCCGACGUAAUCAAAGCGGCUCAUCUGUGUGCAGAAGCAGCUCUGCGCCUCGUUAAACCUGGUAACCAGAACUCUCAAGUGACAGAAGCCUGGAACAAGAUCGCUCAGUCAUUCAAAUGCUCACCUAUUGAGGGUAUGCUGUCUCAUCAGCUGAAACAACAUGUCAUCGAUGGAGAGAAGACCAUAAUCCAAAAUCCAUCAGACCAGCAAAGGAAGGACCACGAGAAGGCAGAGUUUGAGGUACAUGAAGUUUUUGCUGUUGACGUUUUGAUCAGCACUGGAGAAGGGAAGGCCAGAGAUGGAGGUCUGAGGACCACCAUUUACAAGAGGGACCCCAGUAAGCAGUACGGCUUGAAGAUGAAAACCUCCCGUACGUUUUUCAGUGAAGUGGAACGGCGCUUUGAUGCCAUGCCCUUCACUCUUCGGGCAUUUGAGGAUGAGGCCAAAGCCCGUCUGGGUGUGGUGGAGUGUGCCAAACAUGAGUUGUUACAGCCCUUCAGUGUACUGCAGGAGAAAGAAGGAGAAUUUGUAGCCCAGUUUAAAUUCACAGUGCUGCUCAUGGCCAACGGGCCUCACAGAAUCACCAACGGACCCUUCGAUCCAGAGUUCUACAAAUCAGAGCAUGAAGUUCAGGAUCCAGAGCUGAGGACUUUAUUACAGAGCUCUGCAAGCCGUAAAACACAGAAGAAAAAGAAAAAGAAGGCUUCAAAGACGGCAGAAAAUGCAACUGGUCAGCCAGGCGAGGACACCGAAGCAGCAGGAUGAAUUGUAAUAAUUAAACACUGCCUUUCCACACAUGCAAGACUACACAGAAGAGCAAGAGAAGACACGACAAACUCCCCCACACUGUCUGCCAGUCAUUCCCCCUAGUAGAUUUAAUGACACAAAUGAAACUGAAGAUCUUGUGUCACCCUUUGCUGCAUUAAAAAAAAAGAUGCAUUCUCCUCUAAUUUCAACAGGAAUUAAAGACCAUUUGAAACUAAUUUUGAAUUUUUGAAAACACAUGUCACCAAAUGGUAAAUGUGUAAAUGGUGCCUGGUUUUGUUAAUUUAAAUGCUGCAUGUUGUUUUUCCUUUGGCAACAAGUUAAGACUUUUUUCAUUUUUAUGUGUUCAAACAUUGACUUAAAAUCAUACUUGAUUUCCUCAAGUUUAAUUGGAGGUUAAAGAGGACUGUCACAUAACUGGUGUGUGAAUCAGUAAGGAUGGUUUUGCUGAACAAUGAGACCAUGAUCAUUUAAAAACAUUUCCAUCUUUAUUAAAAACUAUAUUUUUCUUGACCACACCAUGCAGUAAAGGGUUGAAUCAUGAAUUUGUCCCGAUAAUGAAAUAUCACCAUUGAAAAGGAAUGUAAUAUAAGUAGUUUUUUGCUCCAGAGUCAAAUGUAAUGAGGGUUUACAUUUACUCUUUUAUCAUCAUGACCUGACCACAUGUUUUGAUGAAACUACAAUGUUUUAGUCACUAGAUGUUUUUAAGGCAAUAACCUGAGCAGAAGACCAGAAUAUUUAACUGUAAAAGAAAGAAAACACGGUUGUAAUGAUUUUGAUUUAAGGGAACAAUAUGCUACGUUUACUGCCAUUUCCCUUUAACUUUAUGAAAAGGUGGAAACCUUCAUGUUCUAGUUUUGAGAGACUUUUCUAUUUGUGAUACCCGUUUCUUGCUUUACGACAUCAUUCAUGUUGUUAAAGCUGCGCUGGUCUGUGGGCGUCUUCAGUGGAGCUUGACCAGUGACAGAUCAUCUAUGGUCAGAGUUUCAUCUAAAGAAAAGCAACUGUGUUGAGUUGGAUUUGCAAGUUCAACAUGUCGAGAAAAGUAAAAUUCUGCUUUGUUUGUUUGGUCAGUGGUUGAUGGAACUUUACAUCUUAUGAAAUAAAAACAUUUUCAUACAGUU